UGUGGGGCGAGGAGACGCGCGGUCGCUGUGCGCAGGCGCCGGCUGUGGAGACGCGCGCGGCGUAAUGGCCGUACCGCACGUCUCCAGGGUCCGAGCCCUGUACCGGCGCCUGUUGCAGUUGCACCGGGUUCUGCCCCCAGACCUCAAAGCCUUGGGCGACCAGUACGUGAAGGACGAAUUCAGGAGGCAUAAAGCCGUGGGUGCUGCCGAGGCCCAGCGUUUCCUGCAGGAAUGGGAGGCAUAUGCAGCAGUGUUAUGGCAACAAGCCAGUAACAACAGACAAAAUCCAACCGAGAAGGCAUGUUUUGGCACCUUUCUCCCAGAAGAAAAGCUGAACGACUUCCGUGAUGAACAAAUCGGACAGUUGCAAGAGCUGAUGCGAGAAGCCACGAAACCUAACAGGCAGUUCAGCAUUACUGACUCUGCAGACCCCAAAUUAUAGUCUACAUGGUAAAGCAUCUGGAAAAUUCUGUUUUCUUUUUGCACCUUUCAUAGAAAUAAAGCUAAACAUUUUAAACCUUAUUUCAGCUUUGAGAAUGCUCGGCACUUAAGCCAUUUUUUGAUGAUAUGAAUAUAGUAUUUAUAUGAGCAUCCCUAAUGAACAACUGUAAAGCCUUUUUUU